AUGGAGGCAAAACGGAGGUAUACGCUACAUUUACCUCCGUGCUACACGCUAAAUUGGUUGAUUAUGGAAGCACUUGUCAAACAAUUUGACGACCUGAUAGAAAAGCAUCUAUUUGAGGAUGCUCUGACGUUGCUGAAUGAUGCGUCUUCUGACAAACUCCUUGAGACGGCGCUUGACACUUUCCUGGAGCUGGAGACAACCCCGGGUCUUGUGUUAUCUUUGUAUCCUGAAGAGGUGUCUGGACGUUUGGCAACCCCCCGGAAGGAUUGGCUGAGACUAUUUGGUGGAAAGGGAUCUCUUGUUCCUGAGGAAGAUCAUCCAGAGCACAAGGCAGAGAAGGAGUCCGAUGCAGCCUCAGUCUCUAGUGCUACAACGACCAAGACUGAAGCAAAGGUCUCGAUGGCAGGCAGGUGGAUGCGAGGCUGGGAAUUCACGGGAACACGUGCGCAACCAGAGGCUUCAACAAGCAAAGGAACAGCACAUAAACCCACAUCCGAUAUACCGUCUCCUCGCAAAGGGAAAGACGAGCCUCUGCGCAAGGGCCCAGAUGACCACCAAAGAUCUCUGGAAAUAUUGCUCCGUUAUCUCCCCGAUCGUCGGCAGAAAGUAAUCGGAGCAUUUGCUGCACAUGCCGAUACGAUGGCAAACCUUCCAUGGACGUCUUUGUACAGCCAGCCAGUUCCUGAACUGCAGUCACUGCCAUCCAUUCCAAUCCCACAGCUGAAUCCCCAUCAACUCCUUCGCGUUGCACAGAUAGUUGAUACGGCCCUCUUUAAGGCCUAUCUUGUUAUUCGACCUGGCCUGGUUGGGUCCCUGUGCCGAUUGGAUCCAAAUUGGUGUGAAGUUGCGGAAGUCGAAACAGAGCUGAAGACGAGAAAGAAAUAUUCAGAUCUUAUCGACUUGUACCGAGCGAAGAAGAUGCAUGAAAGUGCGCUCAAUCUGCUGCAUGAACUCGCUGAUGAAGACGGCGAUGACGAAGACGAGAAAUACGGUCAAACAAUUCGCUACCUACAACGGCUGGGUGUACAGUAUAUGGAUAUCAUAUUCCGAUUUGCAGAAUGGGUGUUUAAGGCAUCUCCCACAGUUGCACUUCAGAUCUUUACGGCUGACAUGAGUGAGGUUGAUAGUCUGCCCCGUGAUGAAAUAGCACGAUAUCUCCAAAGGAUCGAUCCUACACACGUCGUCUGCAUACGUUAUCUCGAACAUCUGAUGGCGCUGGGGGAACACAGUUCGAACCUACACGAAUUGCUUGGGGAUCUGUACCUUGAACAGUCGCAGGGUGAUGCUGAUGGGACCGAAGAAGAAUAUCCAAAACUUCUCAAAUUUAUCGCUUCUGAUGAAAAGUACCGACCAGACAGAUUACUGGCAAGGCUUCCCCUUGACGGUCUGUAUGAGGCUCGGGCACUACUGCUCGGAAGACUCGGAAGGCAUGAGGGUGCAUUGCAGAUAUACUUAAACCGACUUCAAGACUACCACAAGGCCGAGCAGUACUGCAAGCACAUGCAAGCGACCCAUCCAGAACUAUUCCUUGUACUUCUAAAGUUAUAUCUCGCCCCCGAACCGGGCACCAAGCCCCUUCUAGCUCCAGCACUAGCCCUCAUUGCACAUCACUCGAUACAGCUGGAACCCCUAUCCGUCCUGGAACUCCUACCGCCACUCGUUUCGGUCCAGGAUGUCAGUCGAUUCCUAAGUCGCGCCCUGAGAGAUGAGCGAAAAUGGGCACGUCUAGAGCGAGAAGUACGAAAGGCUCGAGGAGACGCCGUUGCCUUCGACCUGGUGCAACUUCAAGAGCGGAAAGUGGUGGUGAACGACACGCGAAUAUGUCCGCAGUGUAAGAAGCGACUUGGCAGUAGUGUCAUUGCAGUUCAUGCGCCGAGAGGAGAGGUUACGCAUUACCAGUGUCGGGAAGCCUUCUCUCGUCAGAUCAUGGCACAAUGA